AGGACUGAAUGAUGCAUGUUCUUGCCCUUAUGGCAUGAUGAGGCACCAAAAUGUUUGCUAUGGGUGAGUGGACUCCAAUGGAGAAGGGGUACCCCACUAUUCAGUGAUCAUUCAAAACUUUUAAAAGCAACCAACGCACAGCUUUUCAGUUUUCACUUUCCUGCCAUUAGAAAUCAAAAGAGAAACCUCCUCAUCCUGUUGUCUUCUCUAACCUGCUCUCUUGUCAUUCUUAUUCAAGUUUUACUCCCUUCCAUGCUCCCCUUCUGAAUUUUUUGCAUGUGUCAGAGUUCUUGUAUCGGAUCACUAUAAGAGAUGAAAGGCAUGAAGGGAAGAUUUCUAAAGAAACUCAAAUUCAUUCCUACUAUCAGCACUUUGAAACAAGGCCUAGUCCUUCAGCUUAACCCCCAACACACCUUCGCCAAUCAAAAUUGCCAUAGCCUAUCAGUUUACAAAGAGCAAGACUGCAAAAGCAACGUUGAUCUCCCAGAAUCAGUAGUUGAUUUGAAAGAUCAAAAAGAUGAAGAAACGGAGUUGGAAUUUGAGGUUGGUGACCAAGAUAGCAUUACACCCUCCACAGAGUUCAAGGACAUAGUGACUAGUAAGGAUAAUUCUCAGCUUCCAAUCUCUUCAGAGAUCAUUGUCAAGGAUGAUAGCAUACCAGAAGGGAAGGUGGAUAGUGAAGAACAUCCAUCUUUAAUAGAUUUUGAAGAGAAAUGUCCACCAGGUGGAGAAGAGUCAGUCAUUUUCUAUACAACAAGCUUGAGAGGAAUAAGAAAAACGUUUGAGGAUUGCAGCAGUAUCAGGUUUCUUUUGGACAGUUUCAAGAUAUUGGUCCACGAGAGAGAUGUUUCAAUGGACAAGGAAUUUAGGGAAGAGUUAUGGAGGAUAUUGGGUGGCAGAGUGAUCCCUCCAAAGCUGUUCAUCAAGGGCAGAUACAUAGGAGGAGCUGAUGAAGUUGUUGGACUUCACGAGCAAGGAAAGCUGAAGAAGCUCCUGGAAGGGAUACCUUCAGGCGUCCCCAACUGCCUGUGUACUGGUUGUGCCAAUAUGCGGUUCCUGGUAUGCUCAAACUGCAAUGGCAGCCGCAAGGUUUAUGCAGAAAAGGAAGGUGAUGAAUUGUGCAUGAAAUGCCCUGAUUGUAAUGAGAAUGGAUUAAUUAAAUGCCCUGUUUGCUGCUGAAUGUUUACUUGCAAUAAUUUCCUUCUUGUACCCUUGCUGUUGUAAAUUUGCUUUGCCUUAUCUAACAGAUUCUUGCUUUUGAUGUUGCAAGAUUCUAUGACCAGUAGAAUACUUAGAAUCAAAAUGAUGCUGUUUCAUUCCCUUCGGAAGGUCUUAAUUUAGUCCUUGUGGAUGAAGAAAAUGAUGAACUGCAUGUGUAUUAAUUUCCUUUUUACUGAUAUAACGAUGGGCUAAAUUAUGCUGUCUUUGCUAUUUGAAGAUGAGAUUUUCUCUUCCA